AACAAGCCAACCUAUCUCACAUGCACGUGGUUGUAUCUAUUUGUCUGUAUGCACAUGCCGAGGAGAAGAAGACGGCGACGAAGACGUUUCAGGCAUGGCGCUGCAGCAGGGCUUUAGGGCAGCGAAAAAUUUCAAGCGCCUGGCCUGCCGCAUAAGCCCUCUGCGGCCGAAGUCGUCAACUCCUGUCGACUGGAGCGGUGGCGCAGGCAAGGGCGGAGGCGCUGGCGGAAGCAUCCGUGAGGCCGGCGGCGGCUUCGCCAAGAUCCAGGUGGCUCGCGAGGAGCAGUACUUCCGGCAGCUGGUGAGCGGCCCACCGUGCGCGGUGGUGGCACAACCUAAAGCCCCUCCAUACACGUUUUCGCCGACCAGCAAGAGGCCCAGAUCAAGAAGCUUCACGACCACAUCACGAGGGACAUCAAGGAGCGCGAGUCGCUCAUCAAGGAGCUGCAGAGUCAGAUUGAUAAGAACAAGAAGAUCCUCGAAGACCUGAAGUCCCGCAAGUGACCUCCUUCCCGGCUCGGGAAACUACUCCGCUGGGUCAACCUGGAGUACCCGGAUCACACUGAAAUGCAUCGUUUCGGUUUAACUCAUUCCUUUAUUGACCGGUGAUUCGCGGAGGUGGAAAGAAUCAGACGAAGUUUGAAACGCUUUCGUAUGCUGUUGUGGUGAAGUAAAAUCUGCGCGGUGCCUGCAA